AUGGCGUGGGAUCAGCUAGAGUUGGAAGCUCCCCAUAUAGCAUACGCUUGUGUGGGAAUAUUCUGUACCCUAUUCUCACUAGUCUCCCUUUUCGUCAAGGAAAGACUAUACAUUGGUGAAGCAACAGUUGCCACCAUCGCCGGCCUCAUCAUUGGGCCGCACUGUUUGGACUGGUUCAACCCUAUAGAAUGGGGAAACUCCGAUUUCAUCACUUUGGAAAUAUGUCGAAUAGUCCUUUGCAUCCAAAUCAUUGCCGUUGCAGUAGAAUUACCCAAAAAGUACAUGCAGAAACACUGGAUCUCAGUGUUUAUAUUUCUUGUUCCAGUAAUGACUACAGGAUGGCUUGUUGUGGGACUAUUCAUUUGGUGCUUGAUCCCUCAUUUCACAUUCAACGAUGGGUUAUUGGUUAGUGCUUGUGUCACCGCUACUGACCCGGUGUUGGCAGCGGCAGUCGUGGGUAAAGGUAAGUUUGCCGAGCGAGUGCCCGGGCACUUGAGAAAUUUACUAUCUGCCGAAUCCGGAUGUAACGAUGGAAUGGCUUUCCCAUUUAUCUACUUGUCAUUAUACUUGAUUACAUAUUCCGGUCGCGGUGGCGAAAUUGUGAAAAAUUGGUUCUUACUUACUAUAUUGUGGGAAUGUAUCUUUGGAUGCUUUCUUGGUGUUGUUAUGGGAUUUGUGUUGAGAAAGCUAGUAGCAUUUGCUGAAACCAAGAACUUGAUCGACAGAGAAUCAUUUUUAGCAAUUUUUGUGUUUCUUGCAUUCAACUGCGCUGGUAUUGGCUCAAUGUUGGGUGUCGAUGACUUGCUCGUUUCGUUUGCUGCAGGCACUGCAUUUGGAUGGAAUGGAGAUUUUGCGAAAAAAACCGAAGAAUCGCACGUGUCUACUGUGAUUGAUUUGCUUUUGAACUUGUCGUUUUUUGUCUACUUUGGUGCAAUUAUCCCAUGGGAACAGUUUAACGAUGUCAAGCUCGGCCUUAAUGUAUGGAGAUUGAUCAUCUUGGCAUUUGUGAUCAUCUUCUUGAGACGUGUUCCAGCAGUAGUGCUUCUCAAACCCAUCACUCCAGAUGUCAAGACUUGGAGAGAAGCAUUCUUUUGUGGACAUUUUGGACCAAUUGGUGUUGGUGCCAUUUUUGCAAGUAUCUUGGCACGAUCAGACUUGGAAAAACAUUACACUACAGAAGAAACACCAUUGCACAAAUUGCCCAAUGAGGAAUUUCCACACUAUCAGCUUUUAGCGGCAAUAUGGCCAAUGGUCUGUUUUAUAGUUGUGACAUCAAUCAUUGUCCAUGGCUCAUCAGUUGCCGUCUUGACUUUGGGUAAGAGAUUAAACAGGAUGGCCAUCACUAUGUCUUACACCCGUACCACAGGUAAUGACUCUGACAAUACGGCUAACUGGAUUCAAAGAUUGCAAAAACUUGAUAGAACAAGUUCCUCUUUUUCGUUACAAAGAGUUGAUACAAUGGCUCCAGAGGAAUUACAAAAUUUGAAAAAUAAGGCUGAGCAAAUGAAUGUGCCUGAGACAAGCGGCGUUAAAGUGCGACCCGCAGGAGGUGCCAAGCGAAGAACUAAGAAAAAGAAGAAGCACAACCAUGGCCUUUUGCUGAGGACACUAUCAAGGGUCAGGACUGGUGAUGAUCAAAGGGAAGAAAGACAUCGUCCUGUUACUGAGAGCUUACAGUUGGGCGGACUCGGUACAGGUGCUGGCGUGGGUGCAGGUGCAAAAAGCAACUUUUCUUCAGAACCCGAUACUUCGACUAAUGAGGUUAAAGCUUCUUCUUCUUCCUCAACCGAAAGCGAUCAACAAGAAAAGCGUGCUGGAACCACAAACGAAGAUAGUGAAGAGAAUGGUGAUGGAGGUGAUGAGUUUAUCACGUCUCCUGGUAUUCUGGAAAAACAAUCUGGUAAAUCCAAAUAUGGACUUCAUCCCAGCAGGACCAAGGACAGAGAAAGAAUUCCUACUGCAGCAUACCAAGAAGGUGAUAAUCUUAUUGUUGAAGAUCAGCAUGGUGAGAUCUUGGAUAAUUUGAAAUUGAACACUUUACCUGUUGGACAAAGGAAGCCUGUUGGUAAAGCAGAAUCUAAAAAUGAUGAUGACAGUAUACACUCAAUGGAAUCGUUGCAACGUCGUUUAUCUCAGUACUCUAUUGCUUCCGACAAAAGUAGAGAGUCUAUGAAACAAGAUGAAAUGAGAGCCGGUGCCACAUCUGGUGCCACAUCUGGUCCAGAGAAGAGAAAACCAUCCAUUGCACAAUCAGCUGCAUCGCAUAUUCUUCCCAAAAUAAAACGUACCGAAUCACGUCGAACAUACUACAAGAAAGAUGAUCCAAAACGUCGUAAAGUUUACGCACAUCGUAUUGACAAUUUGAUACUUAUUGAAAAUGAAGAUGGUGAUAUUAUUAGACGAUACAAGGUCAAUCGCCAUGCUUCGAAUAUACCAAAGCCCAACAGGUCGCGCUCCUCUACUUUAGUAGGCAAAAUGAAGUCAUUUGUUGGAAUGAAAGAUAAAGAACAGCAGCAACAAGCUUUGGCUUCAUCGCUGGCUGGAGCUAAUGGUGAGCUACAACAACAACAUCAACAACAGCAGCAGCAGCAGCCCACAGUGCAUGUUACUGACUUGGAAAAGAGUACACAUCAUACUAUUCUUGUGCCCCAAGAUGAUGAAAAGAACCAGCACUCACCACAUUUGGCAGAUGGUUUGGACAAGGUUGAGGAUAAGAUUGCGGGAAUCUUGGAAAGUCGACAUCAACAUGGUGGCCACGAGUUGGUAAGACGUGCAUCUCCUCCUCCACCGAUACAUGGAGAUAUUAAUGAAGAAGGCGAAGAUGAGGACGGAGAUGUUGUUGACGAUGAUGACGAAAAUGGAGAAGAUAGUGAAGAGUAUGAUACAGAUAGCGAUGAGGAGGAGGAAGAAGAAGAAGAAGGGGGUGACGGACAUGGAGAGCUUAUGGAUGAUGAAGCUGAAUCUGACGAAGAAGAAACCUCUGUUGAAAGGGCUAGAAGAUUGCAAGCAUUGGGAAGAAUUCCAAAUAGGAACAGGGAUGAAGACGAUGAAGAGGAAGAUGUUGUGUCCAUUAGAUAG